GGCCAGCUAAAUAAAUGUACGAAUAAGGUAAGAGGGGCGGAUUAGAAUAAAGCACACAGCAGCUUUCACUGCUAUGAAAUCUCCACCAGAGAUCUCCAGCAGCAGCAGGAGAGAAAUACAGAGUGCUUGCUGGCAGCCUGCAGACCCUGGUAGCCUGGACUAGCAGACCUGAAAAUGGCUCAGGCGCCACAGACAGGUGGAACACGGCGCUUUAGUGGGGCACAGUGGCACCUGCAGAAGAUUGUGAAUGAAUCUGUGGACAGCUCAGAUGAUGAAUUCUUUGAUGCAAGAGAGGAAGUUGUUGAAGGGAAAAGUGCCAUCCUUAUUGGAAUGAGUCAGUGGAACUCCAAUGACUUGGUGGAGCAGAUUGAAACGAUUGGGAAGCUGGAAGAAAGUCCAGGAGAUUUGUACCGGGUCCAUGGGAGGAAACACCGGUGCCCCAGACAGAGCAGUUUUGAGAUUCAGGAAGACAGUGAGGAUAUAGCAUCAGAAAGCAGCUGCAAGACACAUGUCCUCGCUCUUGUUCUUCAUGGUGGUAGUAUACUAGAUACAGGCGGAGGAGACAUCAACAGUAAGAUGGCAGAUGUCAACACCUUCAGCUCUGUGUUUGAGAAAGUGACAAGAGCUCACUUCCCGGCGGCUCUUGGGCACAUCUUAGUGAGGCUGGUCCCUUGUCCUGCAAUAUGUUCUGAAGCCUUCUCACUGGUUUACAACCUUAACCCAUACAGCUAUGAUGAGAACUGCCUGAGCAUUAGUGAAGACCACAUACCACUGGCCGCAUUGCCGCUGCUGGCUAUCUCCUCUCCUCAGUACCAAGAUGCAGUUGCCAUGGUGAUCAGCAGAGCAAACCAAGUUUACAAUGAAUUCCUGAAGUCACCAGAUGGGGCUGGCUUUAAUGGACAGGUAUGCCUAAUUGGAGACUGCGUGGGAGGCAUACUGGGGUUUGAUGCUCUGUGUUAUAGUGCCAAGACACCUGGGGAGAGUCUGAACAGCAGCAGAAGAGGAAGUGUCAGCAGUAUACAGGAUAAUCCCAUUCUCUCAGAUGAAAACAGCACCAACCUUCGAGGUACUAAGCGACUCAGCAAAAGCAAUAUUGACAUCUCAGGAGUCCUGGACAAUGAAGAACCAAGGCCGCCUUUACAGAGGAAACAGAGUGACUCAUCUACGUAUGACUGUGAUACGAUAACACAGCACCAUGCUUUCUUGUCCAGCAUCCAUUCAGGUGUCCUGAAAGAUGAUGUGGACUUUCCCCGAACAGGGAGCUCCAACCUUUGUGAAGUCAUCCUGGGACGUUUUAACUUUGAAGUGUCAGACUUUUUCCUGUUUGGCUCCCCACUGGGACUGGUUUUGGCUAUGAGAAGGACGGUGCUACCUGGACUCGAUGUGUGCCGUGCUCGCCCUGCUUGCAGUCAGGUGUACAGUUUUUUCCAUUCUGCUGACCCCUCUGCCUCUAGACUGGAACCUUUGCUGGAGAAGGCAUUCCACAUGCUUCCACCAUUUAAUGUUCCCAGAUACCAGAAAGACCCCCUUGGAGAUGGAAAGUCCUAUCUCUUAGUGGAUGCAAUUCAAGACGGUAGCACAGCAUUUUCAGAAAAUACCACAGGCAACAACUCUUCUACUGAGGUUCCAGUGCGGUCCAGCAUCUCAACCCCAACACAGGUGAAAGCCAGACGAUCAAGCCUGGUGAGCAUGAACAGUGAAAUGUCGAGUUCUUCAGAAAGCUUGCCAUCUGCAAAAAUCGCUAACAUUACAGCUAACUGGUGGGGAACAAAGCGCAUUGACUACGCCUUAUAUUGUCCUGAUGUACUCACUGCCUUUCCGACAGUGGCACUGCCACAUCUCUUCCAUGCCAGCUACUGGGAGUCAACUGAUGUAGUAGCCUUCAUUCUGAGACAGCUGAUGAGGUAUGAGAGCGUACAGAUACAGCAGAAGGAAGGAAUUGACACCAUGAACAUGAGCCCCUCCAGCCGGCAGGAGAAAUGGCUUCGAAAGAGGAACCACGUGAAGCUGCGUAAUGUUACAGCCAAUCACAGAGUCAAUGAUGUCAUUGCUGUGGAGGGAGGAACACAGAUUUUGGUUGGCCGCUUCAUGUAUGGCCCACUGGAUAUGGUAGCCCUAACUGGAGAAAAGGUGGAUGUUCUGAUCAUGACUGAACCAUCCAGUGGAAGGUGGGUUUACUUUGACACUGAGCUAUCCAACAGCAGUGGGCGAGUGUUUUACAGUGUUCCAGAGGAUAAGAGGCUGGGUGUAGGCGUUUACCCCAUCAAGAUGGUCGUAAGAGGAGAUCAGAGCAGUGCACAGAGCUACCUCACUGUGCUACCCCGGGGGAUGGAGUGUGUCGUUUUCAGCAUAGAUGGUUCUUUUGCAGCAAGUGUGUCCAUCAUGGGCAGUGAUCCUAAAGUGAGAGCCGGAGCAGUGGAUGUGGUCAGGCAUUGGCAAGAUCUUGGUUACCUAAUUCUUUACAUCACUGGCCGACCAGACAUGCAGAAACAGAGGGUGGUCUCCUGGCUAUCCCAGCACAAUUUUCCCCAAGGGAUGAUCUUUUUCUCUGAUGGUCUUGUCCAUGAUCCAUUGCGCCAGAAGACUAUAUUCCUCCGCAACCUCAUGCAAGAGUGCCACAUAAAAAUCAGUGCUGCCUAUGGCUCAAUGAAAGAUAUUUCUGUGUACAAUGUUCUCGGAUUGUCGCCAUCUCAAAUCUAUAUAGUUGGACGCUCAGCUAAGAAGUAUCAGAAUCAAUGUCAGUUUGUGAGUGACGGAUAUGCCGCCCAUCUGGCCUCCUUGGAAUUUAGUCACCACUCCCGCCCUAAGAAGAACAAUUCCAGAAUGAUCCUGAGGAAGGGAAGCUUUGGUUUGCACACACAGCCUGAAUUCCUGAGGAAAAGGAACCACCUUCGGAGGACUAUGUCUGUGCAGCAGCCUGAACCACCCUCCUCCAAUCCCAAACCUGAGAGAGCACAGAGCCAGCCAGAGUCUGACAAGGACCAUGACCGGCAUUUAAACCCACUCUCUUGGGUGAGGAGUGGGGGCUUCAAAUUUGAGCCCUCACCUUAGCAAAGACAUUGCAAGUAGGCCUUGGAGAAGUCCAGAGAGGCUGUGCAGCACGAAAAUAAGAAUUUACUUACCGAUAAUUCUAUUUCUCGGAGUCCGUAGUGGAUGCUGGGGU